AUGCUGCCUGACCUGCUGAGCUUUUCCCGCAGGUGCUAUUUUUGUCUCUGAUUCCCGGGAUGAGAAAAUUGUCGUGUGACUGGAGGUUAUACAUUGGGCCAAUGUUGCCUGGGAUUUGUAAGAAAGUGAAUGCGAAGAGAUGGGAUGUGACAGUCUGGAUGCUGCGCAGCUGUAUCUCUUAGCUGCAAAGUCCAGAGCAAGAGAUCACCAUCCAGAAUAAAAGGUUCGACCUUGAGCACAGAGGUUACUUUUUUCAAUCACAGGUAGAGUGGGCAGUGAGCAAUGCCAGAACACUCUGAUGUCAGCUUAUCUCCAGAGGAACGUGUACGGGCUCUCACCAAGAAGGGAAGCUCAGUGGAUGUAAAUGACGAUGUCCCUCCACGAAGAUACUUCCGUUCCGGAGUCGAAAUCAUUCGCAUGGCGUCCGUUUACGUAGAUGAAGGCAAUUUAGAAAGUGCAUUUGUCCUAUACAAUAAGUACAUCACGCUAUUCUUGGAAAAGUUACCGAAGCAUCGGGAUUAUAAAACCAGCGUAAUACCAGAGAAGAGGGAAACCAUUAAAAAGCUGAAAGAGAUUGCAUUUCCGAGAGCUGAGCAGCUGAAGAGUGAGCUUCUGCAGCGGUACGCUGUCGAAUAUGCCGAGCAUCAGGAGCUACAGCGCAGGGAGGCUGAGAAGUUUGCACAAGAGCUGGCCCGGCAGCAGGAGCUGGAGGACGAAAAGCAGCGAGUGGCACAGAUGCGCCAACAGCAGGCCGAGCAGGAGCAGUUCCACGCCUUCGAGGAGAUGAUCAGGCGUAAGGAGCUGGAGAAGGAGAGGCUGAAGGUGCUGGAGGAGUACGCGAAACCUGCAAACUCCCCCCUGUCCAAAGACUUCCCCCUGGUACCAGGUGUUCAGGGGCCACCAGAUAAUCUUCCUCCUGCUUCGCCCACUGCAGCUCUCCCGAAUGCAGUGCCGCCCAUUGUAGAUCGAUCAAAGAAACCCACAACAUUUGGAACCAACUGGAACAAUUUUUCAGCAGACAGGCUACGGAACAUGGUGGUGCCGAAGAGCCUAUGUCAGCAAUUCCUCCAACUCACUGAGGCCAACACUGCCCGAGGAGUGGAGACCUGUGGCAUUCUCUGCGGCAAACUGAUGCAGAAUGAGUUCACUAUAACCCAUGUGCUGGUGCCUAAACAGACUGCAGGUCCUGAUUACUGUAAUACAGAGAACGAAGAGGAACUCUUUCUGAUUCAGGACCGAGAUGACCUCAUAACCUUGGGCUGGAUCCACACUCAUCCCACCCAGACUGCAUUCCUGUCCAGUGUGGAUCUUCACACACACAGCUCCUACCAGAUCAUGCUCCCAGAGGCCAUAGCUAUUGUUUGUUCCCCCAAAUAUCAUGAGACUGGCUUCUUCAGACUGACUGACCAUGGCAUGGACGAAAUCUCUUUCUGUAAGCAGAAAGGCUUUCAUCCACAUCCCAAGGACCCACCCCUGUUUAAUGAAAAGAUCUGCCAGCCUGCCUACCCACAGCAUGGCCACACAGAACACACAAAACCAAGCCUGUCCAAACCAUACAAGAAACACCCAGAAUGCCUCAGCAUUGACCAAACAGACUGACAGGGGAAACCAGACAUGACCACAGUCACUCGCAGACCAGGGAAUACACUUCCCAAAACAACCUGACAAUAAGCUCCCUGGACCCGAUCAACACAGCUGUCCCAAAGCCCUAAGUGCAGUCGCGUACGCAGUAAUACCAAAGCCACACAAAGGACAGGUCAGAUGGAGAGGCACCAGAAUACCUUGCUCACAGGAGACCAACAAUGGAAAUACCUUACCUACAAGGAAAGGACAUUCUCACCUACCCUCGAACAGAACUGGAAUCUCCUGAUCCCAUGAAAGACUUUUGAUGCUGCCAGGAUGCUACAUUGUAUCUAGAUUGAGGACAUUCUUCUGAUAACUGCUUUGCGAUUAUCAGCAUGGUAACUGGAUUACUUAAUUAUCAAAAACCAUUGUAUUUUCCCUAUUUUCAAUUCGCAUCGUUGUACAGUAUUCCUAUAAAAACUGGCUUGAUUCUCAGCUCAGGGAAGGGAACCCUUGAUCUCCCCUUGUACAGACUGUCAGUUCUGUAUCAGCCUCGUCAAUUUCUCUUCCAGUGAUAUCACUUGCAAUAAACAGCUUGUCAAUUUCACCUGGUCUGGCUUGGUGUGGUGUCAAUUCUCUGACAUCCUUCCAUGAAUAGUCAUGACCAGGUUUGACUGUGGCCAACCAUGGGCACUGGUGAGGACUGGCCUCUCAAUGCUUUCACAUUACUUAACACAAGCGAGCCCUCAUGUGGACCUCCGAGAACACUUCCCCCACCCCCC